UUCCAUUCUCCCAUUUUGACACUAUUACAGACGGCAUCCGCAGUUUUCCACCUUCCUAACUUUGCACUAAUCUCAUCAUCAUCGUCGUCGUCGUCGUCGUCGUGGUUGUCGUCGUCAUCAUAAUCAUCAAUGGAUUUUUCUCCAUUUUUUCAUCUAAAAAAGGUUUGAAUUUCAGUGUAUAAAUCGAGUUUUUUUGUGGUUUGUUUGAUCUGAAAUCGGUAUUUUCGGACACCCUUUUGGUUGAAUUGAACAAAUUUCAAGGUACAAAGAAGUAAACGGAAGAGAUUUGGAUUUAAUUUUAUGAUUUAUUUUUAGGGUUAGGGUUUCGUAUUUCCGUUUUUGAUGAUUAAGCAAGCUAUCUUUGAUGUUCAACAUUGAAAAUUUUUGGUGAUUGAAAGUGGGAAAUUGUUCUUUUGCUGAUAUUGGGGUUGUAAGUGGAGAUUGGUGAAGUUUGGGUUGAUUAAGAUUGGAAAUUUGUUGCAAUUUGGGGUGAUUAAGGGUGGAUUGGUGAGUUUUGGGUUAAUUAAGUUUGGAAAUUUGUUGCAAUUUGGGGUGAUUAAGGUUGGAAAUUGCUGUAGUUUGGGUUGAAAUUCGGUGAAUUUGGUUGAUUAAGGCUGAAAAUUGCUUUAGUUUAUUUAGGUUGAAAAUUGGUGAAUUUGGGUUGAUUAAGGUUCGAAACUGCUGAAGUUUGGGUUGAUUAAGGUUGGAUUGGUGAGGUUUGGGUUGAUUUAGGUUGAAAAUUGCUGAAGUUUGGGUUGAUUAAGGUUUGAAAUUGCUGGAGUUUGGGUUGGUGUAGGUUGAAAAUUGCUGUAGUUUGGGUUGAUUUAGGUUUGAAAUUGCUGAUCUUUGGGUUGGUUAAGGUUCGAAAUUGCUGAAACUUGGGUUGAUUUAGGUUGAAAACUGCUGAAUUUUGGGUUGAUUGAGGUUGAAACACUGGUGAAGUUUAGUGUUUUAUUGUUAGUGAAUUGAUAAUGAGGGGGGAGAGGAGGUUUGGGGGAGAUGCUAGAGGUCCACCACGGUUGCCGGAAAGGAGAAAGGAUCCUGGUUAUUCACCACGACAGAGAAGUAGGAACAGGGAUUACUCGUCUCCAAGGAGGAUGAGAGAUGGGGGUUACUCCCCUAGGAGGAGGAUAAGAGACAACAAGGAUUACACGUCUCCACCACGGAGGAUUAGGGGUUCACCCCCAAUAAGGAGCCAAGAGAGGAGGAACUCGCCACCAAGGAGGUAUCAAGGGCGUGAAUACUCACCUGUGGGAAGUAUCAGGAACCGUGAGCGGUCACCACCAGUAAGGAGUCGGAACCAGGAGUACUCGCCACCAGGAAGGAAUAGGAACAGGGAGAUUUCGCCACCAGCAAGGACUAGGAACUGGGAGCAGCACUCACCACGUGGAAGGAGUAGGGAGCGUCGCCUUUCACCAAGCGGCCAGAUGAUUGGUGAACAACGGGGCGAGUACUUUCACGAACUUGAGAGGUCGAGAAGGAUGGGAGUUGAUGGUGGUGGAGACUUUAGACAAUUUCAGAAUGCCCCACCCUUGAAUUAUGUUGGUGGAGAUAGAGACUACGGGCCAUCUCAGAGCUUAAGAAUCCCUGAUCGUGAUAGAGGAAACACUGAAAUUCUUGGUGAACAUUCACACAGGUUGCAUGAAACAAAGGAGGGCUUAGGGAAUGAGGACUCAACUUCUAUAAAGUAUCCAUGGAGUCAUUUGUUAGAUAAGCCCAGAAAGUAUGAUACUGUUAAGGGCUCCAGAGACUAUGGAGUUGGUGAUAGUAGAGUAAGCAGCGAGAGAGAAAAUUGUGGAAGGCCCUACCCGGGUUUUGUGGAUGGUAGCAUAUCUUCUGAAGCUGAUAAGAGGACGCUGUACUCUUCAUACGAAUCGCAUCUGCCUGAUGUUGGUGUACAACCAAGAAUCUCUGGUGUUGGAAAUGGUGGUGGCUAUUCAUUGCCAUCACGUUAUUUGGAUGCUGAUCAUCUCAAAGAUGAGGAAAUGCAUUUACAAGACGGGUUCCAUCCCCAUAAAGCAGCAGCAGGAGUGCCGGCAUCAGCGAACCCAUACAUGGAGGAUUCCUUCAAGUCCACACGAUAUCCAGAGUUCAAUACUGAUUAUGUGAUAUCGUCAUCUCACCCUAACAUGUUGCCCUCGGUACCUGGAGUUAAUAAGGAUGAUAUUGCUACUCCAUAUAGUAUAGAGGGCCAAAUUCGUUCUCAUGGAGGUAGACUGAGUAGUCGAAAGGUUAUUGAGCCUAUUGGCCGUGACGGAUAUGAUAAAAUUCCUGGGACCAUAUCUUCUCUGAACCCUGAAACGCAAGUAAAUGGGCUCGGGAGCUACUCGGAGUCAUACUUUGGUCGAGCAGAGGAUAAGCGUGAAGCAUACAAUUAUUCUGACAUUCAGAGAGGUGAAGUUGGUAGUCCUAAUGGCCUGUCUAGUGAAUUCUAUGGGAAGAGGGAAGCACAUUUUCAAGAUGUUCCUAGGAGUAACAUGGGAUUGAGCAAAUAUGAUGAGUUUUCUCAUCGAGAGAUUUUAAUGGAAGAUAAGCCACGGGGAUCUCUUUUCUCUUCACAAAGAGGGUCAACACCAGAUUAUUUCGAGUCCCGCAGAGGACUGGACCAAAGAAAGCCAGAUGUGGACAUAUUGGAUUAUGGGGCUAAUCGCCUACAGUAUGAACAUGAAACACAUCGAAGCUAUGAAAGCUCCCGUAAAAGAGAGCUUCAUAAGUAUCAGAUGGAUGAUGAUCUUCUAGGAAGAUCCAAUGCCUUGUAUAGAGAAGCUGACCCCCAUUUAGAGAAGAUGGAGGCACGUUCACAUGAAGGAUUUAUUUCAAGGGACUUGCCUGGACCAUCUAAUCUCUCUCUUAGCGAAAAACAUGGCACAACAAGCAAUCGUGAUGCUGGAAUUAUGAUUUCAAGUGAUGUAAGGAGUGCACACAGAAUCCAUGACCGUGGGGAUGCUGAUGAAAAGUGGAUCAAUAGGAAUACGGAUUCUGUAGUUAAGUCUAGAAAGCCAAGUGUUCCGCGCUCCAAAUAUGUGAAGAAUACUAGGCCGCACAAAGCCGCUGCCACUUAUAGCUCAACAAGAACCCUUUCAGUAUCCAUGUCGAGUCGUAUAAGCAAAUUUGGUAAGUCUGGUGGAAGAGACAUAAAGAAGCGACUGGGGCCACGUAGCCAGAAUCUUGAUAUUGAAUGCCCAAUAGGAACAAAAUAUAAACCUUCACUGAAGAAGCGUUUGGGACCCCGUUUAGUGAAGAAUAAUGCUCCUCCACCUUGGGUGAAAAAGUUCAAUUCUCAUGAGCACUCAAAAAAUCAAGAUAUGUUAGAUGAAAGCGUUGCUGAACAAGGUGAUGAUCCCAAAGAAGGUAUUAUGACUCCAGCAAAAACUGAACCUCCAGAGAACUCUAAGGAUUUUAAGCAGCUGGUCCAGAAUGCCUUCUUCAGGUUCGUGAGGCACUUGAAUGAGACUCCAGCUAAAAGAAGAAAGUACAUUGAGGAAGCUGGUAGUUUAAAGUGCCUCGUGUGUGGCAGAGAUUCAGAAGAGUUUGCAGAGUCAGAAAGCCUCGUGCGUCAUGCAUUAACAUCCUCUAAAGCUGGUCUCAGAUCACAGCACUUAGGCCUUCAGAAAGCUUUAUGUGCUUUGAUGGGAUGGAAGAGCGCAGAUGCUCAUAAAGAUUGUUGGGUUCGUGAAAAGCUAUCCAAUGCUGAAACUAUGGCUUUGAAGGAAGAUCUAAUUAUCUGGCCUCCUGUUGUUAUCAUCCAUAACAGUUCCAUAACAAGCAAUAAUCAGGAUCAGCGUGUGGUUGUAUCAGCUGAAGAGCUCGAGUCCCAGCUGAGAGAUAUGGGCUUCGGAGAGAAGGCCAAGGUUUCUCGUGGCAAGCCUGCAAAUCAGAGUAUUCUUAUGGUGAAGUUUAGUGCUACGCUCUCAGGAUUGGAAGAAGCAACAAGACUCUCUGAUAUAUAUGCCCAUAGGAAGCAUGGAAGGGAGGAGUUUCAGCGUAUCAGUUCUGGUCACUCUGGAAACAACGAUGAUGAAACUAAAGAACCAUUGACAGACAAGGUAGGAAAAAUCCUUUACGGUUACCUUGGAAUUGCGGAAGACCUGGAUAAAGUAGAUUUUGAGACUAAGAAACGAAGUUCUGUGAGGAGCAAGAAGCAGAUUAAAGAUAUUGCAGUGGCACCUUAAGAAGGAAGACGAAGUUUUAGCUUUGCUGAGCAAAAAUGUGUUUAGAAUUAUAGCUUAGGUACUUUGGUUUUUGCUUGUAGCUAAAUAACGAUCUGACUUGAUGGAAGCAGAUACCAUCGAAUUAUGUCUUUUAGUCUGGGCUUUGGAAAUGGAUAUAUGUUUAGUAUUUUUGCA